AUGUAUGUAGUUAAUAGGCUGGGAUUGUAGUCAAUUCACGCCAAGCGUAGAGUCUAUGAACUUGUAUUGCUGUUGUGUUGGUCAUCAUGAGGCUUGCAGUAUCCAUCCUUCUCUUUUUCGCAUGGUUUUCCCUUGCCGCCGAUGCAAUUGACCUGGACACCGAUGACCAGUACAGAUGUUCUUUUGACGCCGAUAUUUGUGACUGGAUGACAGAAGGACCGAUCUACAAUGGACCAGGGAAUUGUGAUCCCGGAUGGCCGACUGAUGCAGUUGAUGGCGCUACCGCUCCCGGUACGUACAUGUGUUUCUACCUAGAGCACCUACCGACGGUCUUCCCAGGUCUAGGCCGAGCCCGACUCAUCAGUCCAAUCAUCAGUGUUACUCAGCACGUGGUGUUGGGUUUCUCUGUUGGCACCGUGAGGCCGCCGACCUCCACGUACCUCAGAGUCCUCCUGGUGAACGAGACCGGUACCAAUGGUACGGAAACUCUGCUGUGUUCGACCUCUGACCUCCUGUAUCCAUUCCAGCGAAUAUACGUCGGGAUUGUACAGCCUGGACCUUACAGGAUUGUGAUUGAAGGUAUUCCCGAUCCUCCCUUCUAUCCGAACUUUGGUAUUGACGAAUUGGCACUGGCAGUCGUUGAAAAUGUCAGGACACAAGCGGAAACAGGAUGCACAUGUCCAGCGGUGGUUACUGAAUGUCCACGCCAGGUCACUACCUCACCCGAAAGAAGCCCUGGUUCAUCUUCAUCCGGUGUAGACCCCGCAGUGUGUGCAGGAAUCGCCAUCACCGCUGCUGCUGUGGGAGUUGUGGUUGGAGUUCUGGCCACGCUUCUGAUACAGCAUCUUCUUGGCACCAACCAAGCUAGAUUCAUCAGUCCAACCAUCAACACAACUCUUCAUGUGGUCCUGAGCUUUGCUAUCGGCACUGUCAGGCCGCCUAACGCAAACUACAUGAACAUCAUCAUGGCGGACGAACAUGGUGGAGAAUCGCUGGUGUGUUCGACCUCUGACCUCCUGUUACCAUGGCAACGUGUGCGAGUAGGGUUGUGGCAGCCUGGUCCUUACAAAGUCAUCAUUGAGGGGAUUCCAAAUCCUCCCUUCUACCCAAACUUUGGUAUUGACGACUUGACGCUUACCGCUGCUGCCCCUGGUACUACGACCGUGGGCGCGCCUACAGCUGAAUGUUCCCUGCAGAUGACGACUCCUGCCCUGACGACCGCUGCAAAACCCGAACAGGGAGGGAAUGAUGGCCCGACAGACAUCGUUCUCGUUCCCAUCGUCCUGGGAUCAGCGGGAGGCCUGCUGGUCCUGGCGGUCUCCGGGGUCUGUCUUUGGAGAAAAUACGGCAGAAAAGUCACACCAGAAAAACAUCCCCAUGUUCGUAGUCAAGUCCUCCAAUGAACCUUGAGUAGAAAAGGUUUUGUGUGUUUUUUUGUUCGUUUUGCACAAUCAGGAAGCAACCUUUAGGUGUCACACACGUGGUUUUUACAGUAUAAGCUGCAUAAGACCGGACUGUCAGUUUUGAACCACUCACACCGGGAAGCACCCCAACUAGGUAUUUCGAUAC